UCGAACGGUAGACUAUUGCGUUCGUACCCGUUUAAUCUCGCAUAGCCUCGCUACGAUGGCGUAUAGUAAACAAAUAGCGUGCGCUUUUAAAAACAUUUGAAACAGUUGAGAAUCGGUGGCGUCUGCGAAAAAUCGUCCGCCGGUGAAAGUCGUCUGAAGGAAAACGCAAUUUUUUGCCGUCUAUAGUUUCUUGCAUCGGUGGAAACUGAUCGGAAGUUUGUAAAAGAUAUGCGGUCUAGACGUUUUGUCCCUUUGAGGAAAAGCGACGGCGCCGCGCGCGUGUGAAUGAGACCGUUUUGUGAAUAAUGUUAAUUGCCACGCCGUAUAGGGACUUCGAUGUCAGAGAUAAAAGUCCGCCCAAGGUGAUUUCGGAGGUGCGGAAGACCUAUCUGAACUGCAGUGCCGGGCAGAAUUUGAGACCCAGAUUGACAGGGGAAUUACUGGUAAAAUGCGGUCAGGACAAGUUAUGGUGGCGGAGAAGGGUACAAGUUCGGAGCGGUCAGUUGCAGGUAUUCGCCGGGCCAGGUGGAGAUGGUCCUUCUCUUCGUUUGCCGCUGAGACACCUGAGCCUCCAAGCUGGACCACUACCCCACAGUUUGGCCCUUUGCCGGGGGCAAAACGUGAUCUUAACUUUGGAGACUCCUAGCGAACACUCGUUCGACCAGUGGAUUAAAACGAUCGCCAUUGAGCUGAUCCGCCAGACCCCACUGGACGCCAUCAAAUACCUCGACAUCCUCACUUUGGCAGAGUGUUGGUAUAAAAAUAAGGAGGGAGUUGACGAAAAAGACUGGAACCAAAGUGGUUCAGAACAGGCGGUUCCCGCGUGCGAAAUAACCGACACCCAAGGAACCGACGUUAAAAUCGAAGAGACGCCCACCAAAGACGAGGAAGAGGUGGUCGAAGACUUAUUGAAAAAAUGCCAAAACGUCGAGAACUAUGUACCGGUUAAAGAGAAGUUGUUUCUGUUCGAAUCGCUGUGCAAGAUGGGCCGAAAAGUACGGAGCAGCGAAGACGUGUCACUGAGGGUCGAAAAAACCCCCAAUAAACGAGCCAAAUCUCUCCACGACCUUAGCAAUUUGAACAGUCACAUCGCGGUCAGAGAGAUUUGUAAAUAUUUCGAGACCAAGUGUGAGACUGUGAAUACUUCCGGUAGGCAACAGGUCAACGCUCCUCUAAGCAUCAAAAAGUGAUAGCAAUAGUUAUAUAUUAAUAUUUUAAUAAACUCUGUAAAUUUUUUAAAAAUAUAUUACGUGUUACCUAUCCGUUUAUGCGAAAAUUAUAUAUCGGGUGACCGAAAAGUAUGGAAACGAUAGACAUAGUUAGACAGACAAUUGAUUAAUUAAACAAAAUCUUUUCGAUAUCGAAUAAGAAAACUGUUCAAUAACAGCUGUUGUUUUUUCUACUCCGUACAUUAAAAUACCCAACUAUGCAGCACUAAUCAUUUUUAAAUGAGCGUCUGAAGAAGUUUAUAAACGUGUGUUGCAUAAAAGACUAUCUGAAGCAGUUCUUUUUCUGCGCCACUUUUUGGGUACAUUUUUGCUAAACUGGUGACAGAACGAUCUGAACUGGCGUCAAAAUACGUUACUGUUUUAAAUAGAACCUGUGACUAAAGUAGCGGAAACGCUUGAUAGCAGUGUUUAAUGACGUUGACGUUUUAAAGCGACACUACUGAUUAGUGGAUAAAUGUCGGAUUAUAACAUUGAUCCAUGUAUUUGGCGACAAAAUACAAUGAAUCGUUUUCUUUGCAAUUGCAGCUCUAAUGAUAAUUCAAAAGAAAACUUCAGAAAAAAACCUGGCGUUUUUGUUCAAAUCUGCCCCUUCUCACUAUAUUUGGUGUUUUUGAACAGUUUUAUUAUUCCAUAUUUACACGCAUUUUUUGUUUUUUGACUUAUGAUAUUUUGCCUUUUUCACUUUUUGGACACCCGGUACCCAUUCAUAGUUCAUCCGUAUACGCUGUACCAGCGUGCUGCAACAAAUUUUUGACAGAACAGUCAAUAAAAGUUAAGCGGAUACAGAGUAUACUGCAACUAGCGCAGCAUCGCUCGGUGUUAACUACAAAAGGGUAGUAACCAGUUAUCGAUGUAAACCAGUUUUUAUUUUUUCAUUUUUGUUGAGUUGGAAAUCCAGAUAGUCUUCGGACACGAAAAUUUUUAGUUUUUGAAAAUUAUAAAAUUUAAUCUAAAAGCAUUCUGAAAUAUUUAUCCGAUCUUUCGUUUUCAAAACUGGACAACAGAGAGUAUAUUGCACAGCAAUUUCACAAUAUACAGGCAACGGUGUGCAUCCAUUUGGCCUAUUAAAACCGCAAUAUGUUACUUGUUAAUUAUUAUUGUAAUACGUUUAAUUUUUUUAAUAUAUCUAUUUUCUUACCAUA